AUGGAACCUUUAAGACCUCCAAGGGGGUAUGCCCGUGGACGUCCUCAAGUACCAACCAAUCAUCCCGGUGUAUCAAGUUCAUCUCAUUUACAUUCUCAAGGAAUAAGGCCAACCGCAUCACAGCUAAUGAAUUCUUUAAAACCUCUACAAGCACCAGUAACGGGUAUGGGUGUGCUACGUCCAAUUCGUCCAAUGUCACUUAUUCGACCUACUGGCACACUCCAGCAAAGAGCUCCUAGGCCACCAGGACCAAGACCUGGGAUGCCUGUGAUGCCUGUGAUACCUGUUGAUAAUAUACCACUUAAAAUAGACCCGAUGGCAGGAGUACAACAAAUUACAGAAAGUCAUAGACGUUUCGAUGCAGGAGAUGCACCAUUACAGUUAGGGCGCGGAGCAAUACGAGGCCGAAGACAAAUUGAACUUGAACAUCUUAAUACAAUAAGACCUGAAUCUUCAUUAGGAGAUGUUGGAAAACAAGGAACUUCUGGACAGCCAGUAAAACUGUUGGCAAAUUACUUUCCUAUCACUUCAUAUACAAAUUGGUGUUUGUACCAAUAUCGAGUUGAUUUCAAUCCCGAAGAAGAUAGAAUUAGUACUAAAAGAGGACUAUUAGCUCAGCACCGAGAACGUUUGGGAGGAUAUUUAUUUGACGGAACAAUGUUAUUUUCUGGAAGCCGAUUUGACCCACCUACUUUUGAACUUACAUCUACACGUCGACAGGAUGAUCAAAUUGUAAUCAUAACAGUGAAGUUCACAAAUAUUAUAGAAACCGGUGAUUAUGCUAACAUUCAAGUUUUCAACUUACUCUUGCGUAAUUGUCUUCGACAUCUUAAACUGACGUUGAUUGGAAGAAACUUUUAUGAUCCUGAUGCUAAAAUUGAUAUGGCUCAACAUAAGCUACAACUUUGGCCAGGUUAUGAAACAACAAUUGGCAGGUAUGAAGAUAACAUUUUACUGUGCGCUGAAAUAUCUACAAAAGUCAUGCGUCAAGAGACUGUAUUGGACUUUUUAAAUCAGUGUGCUGGUGAUAGGAACCGUAACAUAGAUUGGAUGAUUAACUUCAAAAGUAGUGUCGUUGGUACCACAGUUAUGACAAAAUACAAUAAUGAAACGUACAGAAUUGAUGACAUAGAUGAAAAUUCUGACCCUAAUUCUGAAUUUAGUAAAAAAGAUGGGUCCAAAAUGACUUACAUACAAUAUUACAAAGAAAAAUGGAACAUAACUAUUCGAGGUGGCAAACAACCUAUGUUGAUUUCGAAAAAUAAAAAAUCUAUAAGACGAUUUGGAGUUGAAGAUACGUUGGUUUACCUUGUUCCAGAGCUAUGCAUUAUGACUGGUAUAACGGAUGCCAUGAGAAAUAAUUUCACACUUAUGAAAGAUAUGGCUAUACAUACCCGUGUGAAUCCUAAAGAACGCAUGGAUAGAUUAACAAAUUUUGCAAAUCGACUUCUUUCAACUCCUGAAUCUGUUACUGAAUUGAAAAGAUGGAAUCUGACAUUAAGUAAUAAGCUGGUUGAACUCACUGGUCGUACAUUAAAGCCAGAGUCAAUUCAAAGUCGUUCUAAAGGCUAUAAUGGAGGCGAAGAAGCUGAUUGGACAAAGCAUUUACGCUCUUUGCCAAUGUUUACUUCUGCCACGGUGAAAUAUUGGACUAUUCUAGCUCCUAAAGACUGUUGUCGAGAAGUAGAAGCAUUUGCACAAAAUCUCGCUAAAGCAGCACAAGGAAUGACAUUUUUACUACCUAGGCCUGUCAUAUUCCCCAUGGCUGAUGGGAAAUCAAAUACAUUUUUGAACUCUUUGGAAAAAGUAAUUAAUGAAUCAAAUCCAGCAUUGAUUUUAUGUGUCAUUCCAUCGGCACGUGGUGAUAUUUAUAGUAUGAUUAAAAGAAAAUUAUGUAUUGAUAGAGCAGUACCGUCCCAAGUAGUACUGUUGAAAAAUGUGCAGAAGAAUAAUUUAUCUAUUUGUACAAAAAUUGCCAUACAAAUAAAUUGUAAACUUGGUGGUGCUCCUUGGCUAGUUACCAUUCCUAAAAAAGGCAUGAUGAUAGUAGGUUUUGAUGUAUGUCAUGAUACUCAGCGGAAAAAUAUAUCAUUUGGAGCUUUAGUCUCAACUAUGAAUGAUGCUCACACAAGUUACUUCAGUUGUGUGGAACCUCAUGAAAGCGGAGAGGAACUUUCUGUUCAUUUUGCUACAGGCAUAAGCAAAGCGUUGGCCAAGUAUAGAAAUAAAAAUGGUGCAUUACCUACUUCCAUAAUUGUAUAUAGAGAUGGAGUUGGAGAAGGUCAGAUUUCUCAUGUUCAUAAAACAGAAGUUAGACUUUUGCAGACUGCUUGUGAACAAUUUUAUGGUGCAAGUUCUGUCCCAUUAGCGUUUGUUAUAGUCACAAAACGGAUUAGUGCAAGAUUUUUUGCUCUUGGUAAUAGAGGCCCUGAAAAUCCUCGACCCGGAACUGUAAUUGAUAGUGUUGUUACAGACCCAACCAAGUAUGAUUUUUUUUUGGUUUCACAACAUGUUAGACAGGGAACGGUAACUCCUACCCAUUAUCAAGUGAUUGAAGAUACCCUUAGACUUCCUCCUGAUAUAAUGCAGAGACUUACAUUCAAGUUGACUCAUAUGUACUACAAUUGAUCGGGUACAGUUCGGGUUCCUGCACCAUGUCAGCUGGCCCAUAAGUUGGCAUUUCUUACUGGGACGAGUCUAGGGCGUUCGCCCAAUGUCGGACUCGAUGAGUUGCUAUACUUCCUUUAAUAUUAUAUAUUUUUC